AAAUAGAAGCAUUCCAGAUAUUAUUAGAUCCCUUCCGGCGCCGGCCCCGAUUCCCUUGUCCUCUAAUGAACAACUGUUCAUGUAUCACGAACUAGUCAUUGAUUAGCAUCCAAAGUCUCAUCACUAGAUUGCAUCAUCCGCGCCGGUUAAUUCAGUAUCCUAUUUCAAAUGUGGAAGCUCAGGAUCGCAGAAGGUGAUAAUCCAUGGCUCAGGACUACAAACGAUCACGUAGGAAGACAGGUUUGGGAAUUCGACUCAAAACAUGGAUCGCCUGAACAACUACAGGAAAUCGAGAAGGCUCGUGAGAACUUCCGUAACAACCGUUUCACGCAGAAGCAUAGCGCAGAUCUACUUAUGCGUGCACAGUUUGCAAAGGAGAAUCUGACCAACAUAAUUCCACCACAAGUCCAAGUGGAGGAUAUUGAAGAUAUUACAUAUGAUAAAGCAACAGACACAGUCAGAAGAGGUAUUAGCUUUUAUUCAACACUCCAGGCACAUGAUGGACACUGGCCAGGAGAUUAUGGAGGUCCAAUGUUCUUAUUGCCUGGCUUGGUAAUUUCUCUAUCUAUUACUGGAGCGCUUAAUGCUGUCCUAUCAAAGGAGCACAAAAAUGAGAUGUGCCGUUAUCUUUAUAAUCACCAGAAUAGAGAUGGUGGAUGGGGUUUGCAUAUUGAGGGAAUAAGCACCAUGUUUGGUACUGUCAUGAAUUAUAUUGCUUUGAGAUUACUUGGUGAAGGAGCAACUUCUGGAGAAGGGUCAAUGGAGAAGGGUCAAAAAUGGAUUCUGGACCAUGGUGGUGCUACAGCAAUAACAUCAUGGGGAAAGAUGUGGCUUUCAGUUCUUGGAGUAUUUGAAUGGUGUGGAAAUAAUCCGUUGCCCCCAGAGAUAUGGCUACUCCCUUAUAUGCUACCUGUUCAUCCAGGAAGGAUGUGGUGUCACUGUCGGAUGGUUUAUUUGCCGAUGUGCUACUUAUAUGGGAAGCGGUUUGUUGGUCCAAUCACACCAACAAUCUUUGACUUGAGAAAAGAGCUCUAUACUACUGCAUAUCAUGAAAUAGAUUGGAAUAGAGCACGCAAUCUGUGUGCAAAGGAAGAUAUGUACUAUCCCCAUCCACUGGCUCAGGACAUGCUCUGGGAAGCCCUUGACAAGAUUAUGGAACCAAUUUUUGCUCGUUGGCCUGCGAAAAAGUUGAGAGAGAAAUCUCUUCAAACAGCAAUGACACAUAUUCAUUACGAAGAUGAGAAUACACGGUACUUAUGCAUAGGUCCUGUGAAUAAGGUUCUAAAUAUGCUCUGUUGUUGGGUGGAGGAUCCAAAUUCAGAAGCUUUCAAAUUACACCUUCCAAGAAUUCAUGAUUAUCUUUGGCUUGCUGAAGAUGGGAUGAAAAUGCAGGGUUAUAAUGGAAGUCAAUUGUGGGAUGCCGCCUUUGCUGUUCAAGCAAUUGUAUCAGCAGAUCUUACAGAGGAGUUUGGGCCAACUCUUAAGAGAGCACAUUCAUUCAUAAAAAAUUCACAGGUUUUGGAUGAUUGCCCAGGCGAUCUGGAUUUAUGGUAUCGUCACAUUUCUAAAGGUGCCUGGCCUUUCUCAACUGCAGAUCAUGGAUGGCCCAUUUCAGAUUGUACUGCUGAAGGAUUAAAAGCUGUUCUUUUGUUGUCAAAACUGCCUCAGGACAUUGUUGGUGAAUCUCUAGAAGCAAAACGUCUUUAUGAUGCUGUAAAUGUUAUACUUUCUCUGCAGAAUUCUGAUGGUGGAUUUGCAACUUAUGAACUGACAAGGUCAUACAGUUGGAUGGAGUUGCUCAAUCCUGCUGAGACAUUUGGUGAUAUUGUAAUUGAUUAUCCAUAUGUUGAGUGCACCUCAGCUGCAAUCCAAGCUUUGACAUCUUUUAAGAAACUAUACCCUGGACAUCGUAGAGAAGACAUACAAAAUUGCAUUGAAAAGGCUGCAUUAUUCAUUGAAAAGAUACAAGCAUCUGAUGGUUCAUGGUAUGGUUCUUGGGGAGUUUGCUUCACAUAUGGUGCAUGGUUUGGGAUCAAAGGACUAGUUGCUUCUGGAAGAGACUACAAUAACUCCUCUAGCAUUCGCAAGGCAUGUGAAUUUCUUUUAUCCAAAGAGAUUGCUGAUGGUGGCUGGGGAGAGAGCUACCUCUCCUCUCAAAACAGGGUUUACACAAAUAUCGAAGGCGACAGGCCUCAUAUAGUAAAUACUUCUUGGGUUUUGCUUGCUCUCAUUGAUGCCAACCAGGCUGAGAGAGACCCAUUGCCACUGCACCGCGCAGCAAAAAUACUAAUAAAUUCUCAGAUGGAAAAUGGUGAUUUCCCUCAGCAGGAGAUAACGGGGGUAUUCAAUAAGAACUGCAUGAUUACUUAUGCUGCAUACAGAAACAUUUUCCCUAUCUGGGCAUUGGGAGAGUAUAGAUCCAAGGUACUUGAAGCUCCUUGAAUGAUUUUGAUUCUUCAAAUAUUUGUCCUCUUUUCCUCUCAUUCUGUGUAUCAUCUCCUCUAUGUAAAGCUUUCUGUUUCAUGUAUUUUCAAUCUUUUUCUGCAAUACAAAUGUACGUUUCAUUGUUUGAU